AUGGAGUUUGACUCUGGAUAUCGGGACCCUCUAUGGGUAUAUUGAGAGCUGCUCUUCAGCUAGUACUACAUGAAGGAAUAUACGGGCAGACUGGAGAACCUUAGGAGCCAUCCCCAACAGGAAAUCAAGGCUCUGCUCCAUGACGCCACCUGCUGGUUCCUACACGUCCUACAGAACUACAGCGUUGGCUUCCAGACCCAGACCCAUGAGCUGCAGAUGAGAGAUGGAUUCCAUAUGGACAACCUGCUGCACUUCACAGACAUGCAGAAGUCCAUCUGCCUUAUCAACCUGGACGAGAAGACCAACAAUGGGGCGCCCACAGAGGACAUGUGCAGUAUGAAGUACCUACUGAUGGUGGCUGAAGAGACCGGUGCUGUGGUCGGCGUGAACUUCCUGAUGGACAGUGAGUGUAGUGGUAACAAGACCCAGUACACAUGCAAACUGCGAUCCUACCACCUCCUGUACCAGUGCAUGGCGCUACCAAUGGAAGGCGGACAACCUCGAGGUCCCCAGAGACUGGCCAUUGGAGAACCAUUAGUGCACAAGGUAGUUGGGGUCCAGGAUUCCUCUUCCUUGGGGGUUGAAGUGCAGAAGACACUAAUGAAAGACUUGUCGUUAGGCGAUAACUUCAUCUUCUCCAUACAAACGGUACAAUGCUGCCAGUGUAGGAAACGGAGGUUCGAGGUCACGAUAACUCCAUGGCCACAGAGGCUGACAGUACCUAUUGUAAUAUCAGUCCGCUCAGUUUUGUACUGCUCGAAGGACUGUAAGGUGCAGGACUGGAAAAAAAGUCCCAAGGAUAUCAGCCAUGAGUUCUGGUGUGAGAAGAUGAGGUUCAUGCAGGACGAGGAGCGACUGGCCGACCUACCCUUCCACUUCAUAAAGGAAGAACCUAGGUUUAAUAGGGAGUUUUUUCUGAGCAGUCAUGAUUUGACCGGUGGAUACUGGAUGGUGGAGAGCAUUCACUACUGGAUGGUGGAGAUUGUCCACUACCACAACACAAGCCUGCUCUAGAGCCUGGAGGGAAGAAGAGGAGAACCUCUACUGAAGGACACAGACAUCCUCCUAAGGCAGCAGCCUAAAGAAAGGUUCAAGAGGCCAUUGGGUAUCUGA